CCCUGGGCGUGCUGGUGGCCCUGCUGUGGGCGCCCCUCGCCGCGGGGGCGGCGGCCGUGGGGGCGGCGGAGAAGAGCCGGCUCAGGGACCAGGUCGUGGAGAUGUUUGACCACGCGUACGGCAGCUACAUGAAACACGCAUAUCCUGCAGAUGAGCUAAUGCCUUUGAGUUGUCGGGGCCGAGUGCGCGGGAUGGAGCCGAGUCGUGGGGAUGUCGAUGAUGCUCUUGGCAAGUUUUCCCUCACUCUAAUUGACACUUUGGAUACACUUGUGGUCCUUAACAAGCUGGAUGAGUUUGAGGACGCAGUGCGGAAGGUGGUCCUGGGCGUGCGGCUGGACAACGAUGUGGUGGUCUCUGUCUUUGAAACCAACAUUCGUGUGCUGGGGGGCCUGCUGGGGGGUCACAUCAUGGCCGACAUGUUGAAGGCACAAAGCGUGCGGCUGCAGUGGUACAAGGGCGAGCUCCUGCACCUGGCCCGGGAUUUAGGGUACCGUCUCUUGCCCGCUUUCAACACCACCAGCGGGCUGCCGUACCCCAGGGUGAACCUGAAGUAUGGGGUCCUGAGUCCGAACUCCCGGACAGGCACCGAGCUUGACACCUGCACGGCCUGCGCUGGCACCAUGAUUUUGGAGUUUGCUGCCCUCAGUCGCCUGACGCAAGAGACUGUUUUCGAAGACACCGCUCGGAGAGCACUGGAUGUUCUCUGGGAGAAGCGCCAGAAAGGGAACGACCUGGUGGGGACGGUCAUCAACAUUCACAAUGGGGACUGGGUGCGGAGGGACAGCGGGGUCGGAGCCGGGAUAGACUCGUACUAUGAGUACCUGAUGAAGGCAUAUAUCCUCCUGGGGGAUGACACCUACCUGGAGAGGUUCAAUGCUCAUUACAUGGCCAUAAUGAAAUACAUCAGCCAGCCUCCCCUCCUGCUCAACGUCCAUAUGCACAACCCCACGGUCAGCAUCCGGAGCUGGAUGGACUCCCUUUUGGCCUUCUUCCCCGGCCUCCAGGUGCUGAGGGGGGAUUUGAAGCCUGCCAUUGAGACGCACGAGAUGCUGUACCAGGUCACCAAGCAGCACAAAUUCCUCCCGGAGGCAUUCACGUCCGACUUUGCUGUGUACUGGGCCCAGCAUCCUUUGCGGCCGGAGUUUGCUGAGAGUACCUACUUCCUGUACAAGGCUACUCGAGACCCCUACUACCUCCAGGUGGGCAAGUCCAUUGUAGAGAGCCUGAAUGAGUAUGCCCGGGUAGCCUGCGGCUUUGCGGCGGUGCAAGAUGUACGGACGGGCCGACACGAGGACAGGAUGGACUCCUUUUUCCUGGCCGAGAUGUUUAAGUACCUCUACUUGCUUUUCUCUGAGAAGCGAGAUCUGCCUCUAGACAUUGACGAUUACAUCUUCACCACAGAGGCUCACCUGCUGCCCCUGUCCCUCUCCACCGCCCGGCCCCCCUGCCCCAGGAACAUGACUAUGUUUCGCAGGGGCCAUGGAGAGGAGGAGAUUUUUACCCGUUCUUGCCCCAGCGCCCAGACUCUCUUCCCCAAUAACCCAACCUUCACCCGCACCAUCCGGGAUGCCCACAAGCAGCUGCUGCAACCAGGAGCAGAGCGCCUGGCGCUCUUCCGGCAGGUCCUGGUCUCCCUCAGGGGGAUUGAGUUCCCUCUCCAUGACACCAGGAUGGAACCCUUGGAGAUCCUGAAGAACAUGGGACUGACCCUGCUGCCCCUGGGCGACAGGAGCAUGCAGCUGACCGGCAUCCGACACAAGCAAGAAGCUUCUCCCCUGGGGCUCUUCAGCCUGAAAUUCAUCACCGAGCUGGUCGACCCGCCUGCAGGAGAGCAGCCAGGCAUCUCCCCGCUGGCUGUCCAAGUUAUCUCUCCCCCCUUUUUUGGGAGAGUGGUACUCACCGCGGGACCAGCCCAGUUUGGAAUGGAUCUGACCAAACAGGAGCACGGGGUGAAAGGAAGCUUAGUGCUGAGUGAACCUUACCAGGCCUGUGCAGCAAUCAGCAACCAGAAGGAGGUGCAAGGGAAAAUGGCACUGGCCCAGAGAGGCGAAUGCAUGUUUGCCACCAAAGCCAGAAACUUGCAGGAAGCAGGAGCCUCAGGGGUGAUUUUUAUCGACAAUGCUGAAGGCAGCUGCAGUGAGGAGAUGGUUCUGUUCCAGAUGGUGGGUGACGGAAGCACCGGUGACAUAGUCAUCCCUCUUGUCUUCCUCUUCCAGAAGGAGGGGCAAGUCCUUUUAGAUGCACUGUCCCAGCAUCGCAAUGUGGAUGUGCUGCUGGCCACUAAACCCAUGUUCCUAGGUGAAGAAAAAACAGACCAGCCGUUGUCUGCAAGUCAGUUGCACAAGGCAGCCACAGAGACCCGCACCAUGAUGCUGACAAGUGCUCCAGACCAAGCAUGAGUGGACGCUGCUUCUUCUGCUCUCCAGGAGCUAGAAGCCAGCUGUCCUGAUCCCGCUGUGGAAGCUGCUCCAAGAGCGUGGAAGAGUGUUGCACUCCUACCGUUUGCAAACUGACUCGAGCGCUGCAGUAGAGUGGAAACCCAGUUACCAAAACCUCAGGAACUUUCAUGUUUGUAAUCUGGAGGAAGGGAAAAGUGGCAUUUAGCUGCCAGCCAGAGUGCAAGUGAAGCAUGACCGUAGCAUCUCCAUUUUUUUUUUUAAUAACACUUGUGCCAACCGUCCCGGUGAUGCUAAGGGCCGAUGUGUGUGUUUGAAAUAGAAAGAUGUUGCUCCCUGUUGGUUUGUUAAUGUGCAAGUGACGGGGUUUCUGAGGUAAGUUUCAGCUGUAGCCUUUUCCUUGAUCUUACUGCAAACAAAGAGCAUGGGCUUUUGUACCAAAGAAGCUCAGACAAGCCCGGCUUUAACUUUCUCUGUCUGCGUCACUUUCAAGUGAUGGGCUAUGCUCUGCAGUCUCUAUGGUACUUCAAAAGGGAAAUCUUCACCUAGAAAUCCCACUGGCCUCUGCAACAAGUGUCAAGGGUCACUACUGCAUGUAUAAACAGUAGGCAUUAAUUUGCCUGCUUGGCUUUUAAAAGCCUAAUUGAAAUUUUACAAGCCUUUAGGACCUGCUAUGAUUGAACCCAAACCUCUAGCACACCUCAGUUGGCUGUAUGAAAGCGAGGAAGGGGGAACUUGGCCAGCUGGAAGACCUAAUUUACACCUGAUAACUGGUCUAAAUUAGGCUUGGCAAUUUGUUACAAUUGACCUGAGGUGCCUUUCUAACUACCAGCUGGUAUUGACUAAUGGGGCGGGGGGAGAGAUUACAUCCAUCAGUAUGUGCAUCAAACUGCCUCCUGUAGGAGGAAACAAUUCACUGCACUGCCACUGGAGUUCUAUGACAGAUCUAGUGGUAAAAACUUAUAUAAAGGGGCACCAUAAACUUU